AGAAGGUGCAGAAAGAGGAAGAUGAAGAAGAUGAUAUGACUUGUGCGAGGAUGGCUCUGAUUUGUUUGGGAUGGGCAUGGAUGUAUGGGUUUUGUUUUACCCGAUUCUACGCGAAACCUUAUUAAAAGCCAUGUUUUAAUCCAGCCGUCCAAUUUCAUCCAACGGCUAAGAUCUGUCCUCAAUUAAGGUUCCUCAAGAGAGGCUCACUCAAAAUAUAACUUGAGAAUCCAAAUGACAUAAAAGGCCUAUAAGAAAACAUAAACUCAGCCCAGCAAAGUCUGCAAGUCCCAGCUUCUGCGUAAGGUUUUAGCAAUACUCUGCCUCUCUCGCAGUCGCUAGUUGCCAGCAGCAGAACAAGGAAAGUAAAAUAGAAAAGAAGCGAAUUCGAAGAAGCAAUGGCACUAUUGAUGGAAAAGGGUUCUGAACCCCAAACCGAAAGCGAAAGAGCUGACCUUGAUGCCAUAGCCGCUCUCAAAGAAAAUACUGCUAUUGAACUCAAGGACAAGGGUAACGAGUAUGUGAAGAUGGGCAAAAAGCACUUCGCUGAUGCCAUAGAUUGCUACACGAGAGCAAUAAAUCAGCAAGCUUUGAGUGACUCUGACACCUCUGUUCUCUUUUCAAAUAGGGCCCAUGUCAAUCUUUUACUUGGUAACUACAGACGUGCUCUUACUGAUGCUGAGGACGCAAUUAAGCUCUGUUCCACUAAUGUCAAGGCUUUGUACCGAGCUGCCAAAGCGUCUUUUGCAUUGAACUUGUUGCCUGAAUCAACUUUGCAUUGCCAAAAUGGGAUUAAGCAUGACCCAAGUAACGAAGAGCUAAAGAAGCUGUUAAGGCAGAUUGAGUCAAAGAAGAUGGAACACCAACAGCGUGAGGCUCAAGUUUCCAAGGCUAUAUCAGAGGCUAAGGACCUUGUUUCCGCGAUCAAAAGUAGAGGACUGAAAAUUGGGAAGGCAAUGUAUCAAGAACUUACAGGAUUAAGAAAACCUGUGUUAGAUAAGAAUAAUAUUCUACAUUGGCCAGUUCUGCUGCUGUAUGCAGAGGUUAUGUCCAGUGACUUCAUUGAGGAUUUCUGUGAGACUGAAAUGUUGUCAGCUCAUCUGGACAUGAUGUUUUCAGAAAGCUGCAAGCCUUUGUCAUGGGAUCAGGAACACAAUUACACUCGUGAAGCUGUUGAAUUAUACUAUGAAGCAGGUUCAGGAGUUUCUCUGUCAACAACAAAGAUUCUUCGUUGUCUCUUAGAGGGCACUGCAGCUUCUCAUGUGGAAAACAUCGGUGAUGAGGAAAAUGAUGCAAAUGAUAAUUCUAAUGAUGGCAGCUCAGCAGGCAAAGGUUCCUCUAAAUGGGUGAAAGUAAAUGAGAAAAGAACACUUCAUGAUGUUCUGAAAGAACCUAACUUUGUUAUUCCAGGGAUCCCAGUGUUUUUUGUUGUUUCUAAACGUUCCAGCUUCUAUAAAGAGUUCAAAGCUGGGAAAUGGGCUCCUCCACCUUGAGUUGCUGGUUGGUUGUCUCUUGAAGAUAGGCGAUGUCUAUUACAAUACGAGUCAAAGCUAGUGAUACCUGGGUAUAUAACUAGGCAUUGUAGUUUUCGUUCCACAAGAAUGCCUGUGGUGGUGGCAAAACCCUGGGAAGUCACAAGGUUGUAGAAUUGAGAUAGCUUUCCAAAUGUUUGUAUUAUUAUUAGUUGAGCUAGUGCAUGUACCAAAAACAUGAAGACCCAAAUAUAGACAAAUUUUUUUUAAAAUCAAGUAUGUUUCCUGAU